AUGUCCACACCCACCACCAUCACCUCCACCCCCAAACCAGAAACCCUCCACCAAAAACACAAACCCUCCCCCCUGGAAACCUUCCUCAAAGAACCAAUCCGCGAAGACCUCCUCCUAGAAACCCAACUACUCCUCCUCACCUUCCUAACCGGCAUCCAAGACGCCUCAACCUGGCCGGACUACACCUGCUUCGCCUCAAACCAAACAGGCAACGCCAUCUUCCUCGCCAUAGGCCUAACAUCCCCAAACCCCCCUCAAUCCCAAUCCCAAUCUUUAAGCUACAGCUUCCCAAACAUAACAACAAGCCUCACCCUCUUCGUCGCCGGCGCCCUAAUCCUCGGCCAAACAGGCAACGCCCUAGGGAUCCGCAUCCGCGGCUUCCUCCUCCUCACCAAUCUAAUCCAAACACUUCUCAUCUUCGCCGCCGUCGCAAUCCAACAAACCUACCCAAUAACCCGCGAUGGCCUCACAGCUCGAAUCGUAAUAGGAUGUCUCGCGUUCUCGAGUGGCGCGCAAGUCGCUAUGGCGCGGUCGUUAGGGAUGACAGAGAUAACGACUGCGAUGGCGACGGCGGCAUUUGUGGAUGUUGUUAGUGAUCCGGGAGAUGAGGAGACAUCAUUCGACAAGUUGUAG